AUGGCGACGAACUGCCAAAUUGGGCUUCACGGUGUUUGCGGUGACAAGAGGUUCACGCCGUCAUUAGGUCACAAGGAGUUAUAUGAAGGUCUGGGAAGCCACGACCGGAAGGAUGAUUCUCUCAACUCAUUUCGAAAGCCUCGAGGCUGGCGAGAAACGGCAAUCAUGUUCUUCAAAGGAUGUCUUUUGGUGCAGGCACUGAUUAUUGUAUUCUACAAGAUUAAUCCUAUCAUCGCGGCACCACCUCAUUCACGACAAAAUGACUUAUCCAAUUUACCUCCCGAUAGCUGGCAGAAAUAUGUUCGAGCUCCGCCCAGCAAUAUCAUAAAACCAUAUCGGAUUGUCUCGGUUUAUCCUAAUGCGGGUGUCAAAAAUCCAUCUGGUCUUAUUGAUGGAACUGGAACCACUUUGACCAGACAGCCAGCUUCUGGUAACGCGCCGACCGCAGCGGGGAAACCGAUUGUGGAUAUUCAACCAGAGGUGGUGGUUGAUUGGGGUCAAAACUAUGCUGGUGUUGUAUCGAUCAAUUUUGGGGGUGCUUCAAAUUCGACUCCUGGAUUACCUGGUAUCAGAUUGGCGUUUUCAGAGUCGCUGCAGUACCUGACCAACCUCAGCGAUUUUUCUCGGUCAAACAAUGGAGACACAAUUACUCCAGGUUCAGAUCAAAUUGCGGUGAAGUCAAAACCAUAUACAUGGACAGAUGACCAUGGCUGCGAGUUCGGUGAUCAGGUUUGCGCUGAUGGUCUACAUGGCUUCAGGUAUAUGAAAAUAUACAUGGAUGCGCUGGAAUCGGAUUCGCCAUACACGACACCUUACGGAUCAGUCACCAUCAACUCGAUGAGCUUGAAUUAUUCCGGACUUCUAGGCACACCAGACAAGUUCUCCGGCUGGAUUCAGACCUCAGAUGAGGAUCUAAAUCAAUGGUGGUAUGAUGCUGUCUACACCAACGAUUUAUGUACAGAUGUCUUUCGUCUGAAUGAUACCGAGCCAAGAGGUGCUGCGAGUCCGACUUUGAUUGGAAAAUUGGUCCUUACCGAUGGUGCGAAACGUGAUCGGGAUCCAUAUGUUGGAGAUAUUGCAGUUUCUGGAAAGACAUUAUUCCUUACUCGAAAUGUCCCGGAAGCAGUUAGAAAUGUGUUGGCUGAUCUAGCUGAUCACCAACGUGAAGAUGGAUGGAUUCCACCUGCUAGCAUAAACAACUACACUCUUGCUCUCCUAGAUUACCCUCUCUGGUGGGUCGUCUGCAGCUACGACCUCUUCAUGUACACCAACGACGUGGCAUACAUAACCAAGUACUACGCAAACAUCCUCAACGUCCUCGACAAAUUCUACCCCUCCAUAACCAACCCCAACACAAACCUCCUCUCCAAAGGCCUCGGCGUCUCAGGCGGCUACGGAGACUACGCCUUCCUCCCCCGCGACGGCCCCGUAACCUACUACAACGUCCUCUACGUCCUCGCCCUCAAAAACGCCGCCACAAUCGCCCUCGCCCUCAACAACCCCACCGACGCAAAACGCUGGCUCGACCGCGCAGACCUCGUCUCAGCCGCCGUCAACGACCGCCGCUUCGACACCACCGUCGGCGCCUUCUUCGACGGCAACUGCGGCUUCACGCCCUGUCCCACGCACGCCCAGGACGGAAACAGCAUCGCCAUCAUCAGCGGCGCCGCAAACUCCACGCACGCACAAUCCGCACUCGAUUACCUCGCCAAAGCCCACGCUCGCCCGUACGGAAACUCGUUCUACGACAACGAUGUCAUAUCAGACGGAUUCUCACAGCGCGUAUAUGCGUUUAUAUCAUACUUCGAGAUCGAAGCGCGGUUCAUGCUCGGCUCACCCGCCACGGCGCUCGAGGAGAUCAGGCGGCUGUACGGCUGGAUGGCAAACCACGAUCCGAAAGUCACGACCUGGGAGGGUAUUGGCGCGGAGGGCUCGAUAUAUGCGGGGAAAUAUAGCAGUCAAGCGCAUGGCUGGUCGACGGGGAUCGUGCCGCUGAUGACGAAUAACAUCCUCGGCGUCACGCCUACGGGACCGGGAUUCAGUACGUGGAGCGUUAGACCUGUGCCGGGUGAUUUGAAGUGGGCGAAGGGUGUGGUUCCUACUCCGAAGGGGGAGAUUAAGGUUCAGUGGAAUAGGGAGGGUGGGAAUUUUUGGUUGAGUGUGGCGACGCCGAUGGGGACGAAGGGGGUUAUUGCUGUGCCGGUGCUGAAGGGGGGUGGAGAGGUGUAUUUGAAUAAGGUGCUUGUGGCGGGGAGUGAGGCGAAGGCGGAAAGGGAUGGGUAUUUCGUGGUGGAGGUUGAUGGGGGUGAGCAUGUGGUUACUGUUGGGUAUAAUUCGUAG